UAGACGUCGAUUGGAAAGGGCUAAACGGGGAGAAAUCAAGCCGAGAAUUAAGACGGCGGGAAUGCGGCAGCCGAACUUGGACGUCGCGACGCUGGGCUUUUCCUGGCCGUCGAAUUCACCCGCGGAUUCAAGGCUGAAUCGGUAUCCGGUCUCUCGGCACUAUCGGCCGUCGAAAUCGUUGACUUGAUGACGCCAAAUUGAGGAACUCAGGGAAAAAGCUCACAGAUCAAGCUCAAGCUCGCACCCGGCGGCAUGUCGCGGGGGGCGGCUUCCGGUUGUUUUCGUUGACGAUUUUUUGAACCGGUUUAACCGCGGCAAUAUGACGAGGAACUGCCGCCGAUGCAGCUUCCUCUUCGGGAUCGUCUACGCGAUGAUUGUCACCUCGAAUGCCGAAUUGAGCUCACGCAUCGUAAGGACAAAGUACGGCGAGCUUUCCGGCGUCAUCGUCAACCUCGAACGAUACCUCGAAAGCGUCGAGGUCUUCAGGGGUGUUCCUUACGCCUCACCACCCAUCGGAUCCCUCCGCUUCAUGCCUCCGGUCAGCGGGGCGCUUUGGCAAGGCGUUAAGAUUGCCGACAAAUUUGGACCCGUUUGUCCCCAGAAGCUACCGGUUUUAUCCGAAAAAAUUCCCAGGGGACGCCUCGAGUAUCUCAAGCGGCUUCUUCCCUACCUAAAAAACCAGAGCGAGGACUGCCUUUACCUCAACAUUUACGCACCGGUCCAAGCUGGUGCGAGAGACUCGGGAGGCAGACGUUAUCCCGUCAUUGUAUUCGUUCAUGGCGAGAGCUACGAAUGGAGCAGCGGAAAUCCGUACGACGGUAGCGUUUUGGCAAGCUUUGGAGGCGUCGUCGUUGUGACGAUAAACUACAGACUCGGAAUUCUGGGUUUUCUAAACGCGAAUACAGACGCGCAUCUCAGAUCACCGGCGAAUUACGGACUCAUGGAUCAGAUUGCUGCUCUGCACUGGGUGCAGGAGAACAUCGGUUACUUUGGUGGCGAUCCGGGAAACGUGACGUUGGUCGGCCACGGAACCGGAGCAGCCUGUGUCAACUUUUUGAUGACGAGUCACGCGGUCCCAGAUGGACUGCUUUUUCAUCGUGGCAUCCUGAUGUCCGGCAGCGCGUUAUCUCCUUGGGCCCUCAUAAGAGGGGCUGCUGGAUACGCGAUGCAAGUCGCCAGACACCUCAACUGCUCCGCGGUCGCCGGCGAUCCGCAGGCGUUGCUCAGGUGUUUGAGGGAUGUUCCCCUUAACGCACUCUUAUCAACCCCCGUCCAGGGCCUCGCCUUCGCCCCUGCCUUCGGCCCCUCCAUCGAUGGCGUCGUUAUAGAUCCCGGGGAUCCCGACGACCAGGAUUUCACCCUCCAAGUAGACACCAUAAACACCCUUAACAAUAUCCUGCUCAGGAAGGACGUAGUCGCCAAAUUGUCGAGGUACGAUCUUAUGGUCGGAGUGGUGAAAUCAGAAGCUUACUUUUAUCUGACUGCCGAUAACGCGCAGUAUGGAAUCGAGGCUGACCGAAGGACUGAGAUACUCAGGGAAUUCGUUCGCAAUACUUACACUUAUCAUCAGCCAGAGAUAUUGGCCACCAUUAUAAACGAGUACACGGACUGGGAGAGGGCGGUUCAACAUCCUGUAAAUAUCAGAGACGAGACCGUUGAAGCCUUGGGAGAUGCAAAUACCGUCGCUCCAGCAACGCGGACUGCGGAUCUUCACAGUCAAACGCACCGGAAUUCCUACCUCUACGUAUUCGACUAUCAAACAAAGUUCGGCGACUAUCCCCCAAGACAGGGUUGCAUCCACGGAGAAGAGUUGCCUUAUGUUUUUGGAGCACCACUCGUCGGCGGUUUGGCUCACUGGCCGAGAAAUUACACGAGGGCGGAAUUGGCUCUCUCGGAAAGCGUGAUCCUGUAUUUUACGAAUUUCGCACGUACCGGGAACCCAAAUGAGGGAACGCCAGAACCAGGACCUUCGAGCUCCAGGCCAGAGAGGACGAAAUUAAAAAACACUGAAUGGACGGCGUACGAAGCGGUUCACAAAAAAUACCUCAAUAUAGACAUUAAGUCCAAGCUCAAGGGCCACUACAGAGCCCACAGACUCUCCUUUUGGCUCAACCUGGUCCCUGAUUUGCACAAACCCGGUGCCGACGAUGUUCCUCGGUCUCAUCAUCUCCUCGACGCGGAGCAGGUGCCACCGAGGAUAAUCCAGCGUUUGCCUACAACGUCGAGGCCGACGACGCAGGAAUCUACAACGGAGAAGAGCCAGAACGCGUCGACGUCCAUGCCGAGCGAGUUAGCCUUCGAGGAGACGACGCCACAGCCGGAAGACGGUUUCGCAGCAUAUUCGACGGCGCUGAGUGUGACGAUAGCGAUCGGCUGCAGCCUCCUGAUACUCAACGUCCUUAUAUUCGCCGGCGUUUAUUACAAGCGGGAUAAAAACCAGCACAACUGCCCGAAGAAACGGACCCAGGAAAACGGCCAGAUGCCCAACAACAUAUGCGGCGAGUUGGAGACGAAAACCGAACGCCACCACAUCCAGCAUAUCCCACCCCCGGAGUUCGCCGACCUCCAGAACAACUCCUGUCACGUCCCGAUGCCCCCGCCACCCCCGAAGAACACGAAACCCGGAAAGCCCGCUGGGCCCAACCUCAUCAUAAGUCCCAACCAGCUCCAGCAGGAGAGCAUGGCGAUGGUGGGAAGUGGUGGGACCCUGAAAAAGGGACACAACCAUCAACAGAUCAUGGAGGAAUUAAGGGUCUGACUUAGGCGGGAGGAGGAAAUUCAGGCGGACAGGAUCAGGCGGAGGAAGGACGACUGGAACUACCUUUUCCCUUAGGGGACUUCUUACUCACCGAGUAACCGGGAGGCUGUUACUCCUGUGGUUACUGUGGUUUUCCAGAAGAGCCUUUUUCGCCUAGGAAAAGCUCCUGCGUUUUCUUUGUCCUCGAUUUUUUCUCUCUUCCUUUUUGACUCCUGCCUUUUCUUUUCCUCGUGACGAUGAUCUGUGAUA